AUGUCCGACCCCCAGCCUGAGCCUAGUCAUCUUCCCGCUUCUCCCGACAUCUCGCACGCACGCACCACGCAAUGGAGUGCCGACGGGAAAAUUGAUGACGAUCAGAGCAGUGCCGAUGAACAGGACGACGAGAUGUGGAGUACCGAUGAGCAGAGCAGUGAGGAAUCCAGCGCCGAUGACUGGAGCUACGAAGGCUUCAACGUUACCGGAAUACGGAUCUUCAGAGGCUGGUGGGACGCCCGUUUUCAGGACACCCUGCCCCUGGCCCUCUCAGAUCGCAUCCCGCUCGAGGUCUUCGAGUUCGUCAUCGACGCGAUGAUCGGUGAUCAGCCCACAUCGGCCGCGGCCGCGCUGGUCUGCACAAUGUGGUAUCCUCGCGCGAUGCACAGCCUCUACUAUGCCGUCGAGAUUCGCAGCCGCACCAACUUCAACAUACUGUUCAAGCAGUGCCACGCGUCCCCACGCGUCAAGCAGUCGCUCGCGAGCACAUGCCGGCUACUGGCCAACUUCGGAGGACAUCACAACCUUCAAGCACUACCAUCCGCACUCGUUGGUGUGAUGCCUCGUGUACGCAUCCUUCACAUCGAGAAUGGAAGACUUCGUUUCAUCCGCGCGGACUUCUUCCUUGCCCUGUCGAGGUUCAAGUCUGUCACGUCGUUGACACUUGGCCAUUGCCUACUAAACAACAUCACGCAGCUACGGCAGAUUGUAUCUGCCUUCCCUCAGCUUACAGACCUCACAAUAGAUGUUAGGUUCGCUCAGGAAGGUGCUGCCAGUUACGCGGGAGCCCCACCAUUUCAGCCAUCAUCUCACAUUCGUCUUCGAUACCUUAACAUUGACGUACACCGCCAAGAAAUCAUGGCGAUGUUCCUCGACUGGAUGACGCAAUCAGGCCUCUGCACCUCACUUGCGGGUCUGACAUUUCGGCAGGACGCAGACUACGGGCCUCCCUCCGUGGGCCACACACCACUCAGUAGCAAACUCCUCGAAGCGGCAGGGGCAUCGUUGACCCGUUACUGGGAAGUACUUGACCACGACAAUGCAUACCGUUUCCAAAGCAAUCUGUUGCAAAACACCUCACUGCGAUCCUGGAACUUCACACUGCGAGCCAUGGAGCACUCUACCAGAGACAUGUACACGGGGCAGACUUACAGGGCGUGGAUUGAAGCAAUCCACGACUUAAGUGACAUCUUCUCCACCAUCCGAAGCCGUCAGCUCGAGCGCAUCGCGGUCUGCGUUCCACUUGUCUUCGACUACAACUUUCUCGCCUAUGAGAAGCCCAGUGCUGUCCUCAAGUCACUCAAUCUAGAGGGCCUGCAUGAAGUCAUGAGCCGGCCAUACUUCGACGCAUUGCAGGAUGUCGAGGUGAGGACGUACCUGAGUCAUCGAAUGGAUCCUUCCGUGGACGUGGUCAUAUCCGAGGAUAGGCUCGAGCCCAUUUUCGGUGGCAUAUUGCAGCCAUGGUCUGCUCGUGGCGUCGUCACCGUCACCUACAGGGGCCAUUGA